CUCGGCUCACCAAGACUUGCGGAAGUCGAUGUUUCCAUAGAAGGCGUGGACCCUGCAAUUAAAGGUGUGGUACGUAGUUGGAUGGCUGGAUGAUCUUUUGAAAACGCAUCGCAGACAGCAAGAGGACAUCAAUGUUGACAAUUGAUCUGAGCCGGCAGAAAGGUUGAUAUCAAUUUGUCGAGGCUCAAUAAGCAUCGUCUCACGAUCGCGACGUCGACGGUCCCUGAAGCUGUCGAAUAGGACAUCGGAACAAGAUUGAUUUAGGAGCGGCAACUUGCCGGGGACAUGUGAUGACGAAUUAGGUGACGUACGAUGGACCGGGAGAUCCUAUCCAGCGGAGAGACACACGGACCGAACGACGACCAAAGCAGAGGAGGGAGGCGGAGUCGUUCAGUGGUCCUCGUUUUCUCGGGUGGAGAGUCGGCGGGCUGUUGCUUGAAAGGUUUUCUGCCGUAAAGGAUGAGCGGUCGGUAGAUCUCCCGCAGGACGUCCGUGACUACUUUACGGCACGGAGAGAUCAUUCGUGCGAGAUCUUCGUGUCCGGUUGAAGUCGUCUCUGUGCGCGUUGUAGCUUCUCCGCCUAGCUUAGCUUAGCUUCGGUUGCUAGCGGCUAGCAAAGAGACGCGUUAGCGACCAACAGACACGUCGCUCAGCUCAGCAGAGAUCGAGUGCGAACGGCGAGUGUUCAAGGAGGACGGGAGGACGGGAGGGCGCGAAGAGGGACGCUGGCGGACCUCAAGACGAGAACGAGCCACCACGUCAACGAUCGGACGCCGCUCGCCAGAUGCAGCCUCGAAUCGGGUUACGCAGAGCAGGCGCGUGUGAAAAUCUUCGUCCGGAGCAGCAGGAGCCAGAGAACCCUCACAUUAAAGAGGAAGAGGAGGAUAAAGAGGUUCAUCCCACAAAAGAGGAGGAGGAAGACUUCCUACGCAAUAAAGAGGAAGAGCACGAGGAAAUCAUCAGGGUUCCUUUGACGGGUGUCCCGUUGAAGAGUGAAGAUGAGGGUCAAAGUGAGGAGAGCGGAGGGGCGGAGCCUCCAAGCAGCAGCUCAAGUCUACACAUGACAACAGAAGGCGACGGAGACCACUGUGGAGGAUCACAAGCAGACGGACUCUUGGCUCCACUGUCAGAUGGUGACGACGUGACGUCACACUCUUCUGACUAUGAUGAUAAUGAAGAGUCAGAAGCUCAUAAGACAUGUCACACUGACAGCAAAUGCUGGAAAUGUUAUCAGUGCGGGAAAACGUUUCCUUAUAAGUCGAAUUUGAAACGACACGUGAAAACACACACUGGGAAGAAGGAUUAUGCCUGCUCCGAUUGUGGUAAAAGAUUCUACGCUAAGGAACACUUGACAAGACACGCGAGAAUUCACACGGGAGAGAAACCUUUUUGCUGUGCCGAUUGUGGGAAAAGAUUCUCUCGAAAGGGAGCUUUGACAACACACUCUAAAACCCACACUGGAGAGAAACCUUUUUCCUGCUCAGUGUGUGGUCAAAGUUUCUCUGUGAAGGGAACCUUAAAAAUUCACGCAAGAACGCACACUGGGGAGAAACCUUUUUCUUGCUCGGUCUGUGCUCAAAGAUUCUCUGUGAAGGGAACCUUAAAAAUUCACACAAGAACGCACACCGGUGAGAAACCUUUUGCCUGCUUAGUUUGUGGUCAAACAUUCUCUGUAAAAAGAAGUUUGACAAAACACACAAAAACCCAUGCUAGAGAGAAACCUUUUGCCUCCUCAGUUUGUGGUGAAAGUUUCUCUGGAAAAGAAACCUUGACAAAACAUACAACCACCCACACUGGAGCGAAACCUUUUGCCUGCUCAGUUUGUGGUCGGAGAUUCUUAGCAAAGCGAGCUUUAAACCGUCACACAAGGAUACACACUGGUGAGAAACCUUCAUCCUGCUUCGUUUGUGGUCAAAGAUUCCUCAAUAAGGAAACUUUAACAAUACACCUACAAACACACAUUGGGGAAAAACCCUUUGCUUGGGCAGUUUGUGGUCAAAGGUUCGCUCAGAAGGGAAACUUUGAAAAGCACACAAGAACACACACUGCAGAGAAACCUUUUUCCUGCUCAGUUUGCGGGCAAAGAUUCUCGCAGAAGGGAACCUUAAAAAGUCACACAAGAACACACACCGGAGAGAAACCUUUCGUCUGCUCAGUUUGUGGUCAAAGAUUCUCUCAGAAGGGAAACUUGACAAAACACACAAGAAGCCACGCUGGAGAGAAACCAUUUUCCUGCUCUGCUUGCGGCCAAAGAUUCUCUCACAAGUACCCGUCUAAGAAUCACAAGUGUGUUGGUGAGAAUAGCAGCGAUCGAUGUCGGAUUCGCCUCUCAUCUCGGCAGGCUUCGUCAGUUCACGCACCAAGGAUGAUUGUAUUCUGUGCACCGACUUCCCCUGUGGACAAGUGUUGAGAGUUAUAGCAUUCAUGCCCAAAACUUGUCAAUCAAGUAAAAUCGAAAUCUAAAAUGUAUAUCUACAACUUGUAUAUCUGAGUUGUCAAAUUACAACGUAAAUGGCCAUAUUUUGUAACUUAAUGUAUUGUAGUGGACUGAGUGGCAGAGGAUCCCCAAAUCCAGGUGUGAAAAACGGCUGUUUUAGCGCAAAAGGGUGCUUCGACGAAAUACUGAAGCAAAGGGUCUGAGUGAUUAUGGCUUUGUGAUAUUUCCGUUUUUCUUUUUUAAUAAAUCUGCAAAAAUUU